UACGCUUUUAUUCUAGAAACAGCAAUGUCAUCAUUUCAGUGCGACGCCUACAUGCGAUAAGCAGUGACAUUAUAGCCGCGACGUCCAUUGUGACCAAGGUUGGAACACAUUCUUUGACGCGAUAAACAGGUGAUGGCAGACCUUGGAGUAAAAGAGGGGGACCGGGUGCUACUGAUAUGGACUCAGCCAACAUCUUCCACUGCACUGAAGGAGUUUGCUGAAAGCAUUGGCUCUGUUGUUGGUAACCAGAGUCUGGUGUCUUUGGAGAACAUGGAGAGACUACAGUUUUCUUCUCAUGCAGCUUCAAGUUAUGACUGCGUUCUCUCGGGCCUGCAGACCGACAGCUCACCAAUCCACAGUUCAGAAAUGCUGGCUGAGAUUGCCAGAGUGAUGAAACCUGGUGGCAAACUUGUGCUAGAAGAGGCAGUAACAGGUUCUGAGGAUAAUAGUGUGAAAACCGCUGGGAAACUGUUGUCAGCGCUUAAACUGUCUGGAUUAGUAUCUGUCACUGAGGUGAAGACGGAGGCGUUGAGCCAAGAAGCAGCUGCAGCUCUGAAAGAACGCACAGGGUUCCAGGGAAACACAGUUUUAAGGGUGCGCGUUUCAGCAUCGAAACCUAACUUUGAGGUCGGGUCCUCGACGCAACUGAAACUUUCUUUUGGCAAGAAAACCACUACAACAGAGAAACCAGCUCUUGAUCCAAGCACGGCACAAAAGUGGACUCUCUCAGCCAAUGAUAUGGAUGACGAUGAUGUGGAUUUGGUAGAUUCAGAUGCACUUUUGGAUGCUGAUGAUCUGAAAAAGCCUGACCCGUCCUCCCUCAAAGCUCCCUGCGGAGAUGACUCCAAUAAGAAAAAGAAGGCCUGCAAAAAUUGCACAUGUGGUCUUGCCGAAGAAUUGGAAAAGGAGAGUAAAGCAGCUCAGAAAGCCAGCCAGCCCAAAUCAGCCUGUGGAAGUUGUUAUCUGGGCGAUGCUUUCCGAUGUGCCAGCUGUCCAUAUUUAGGCAUGCCUGCCUUCAAACCUGGAGAGAAGGUUCUGCUAGCCAACACUGAUAUAGCUGAUGCAUAGAAACUCACUUUUGAGAUAUUACAUUCCGUUAUCAUUCUGCAACAUCGAGGCCCAGAUUACAUUUCCAUCUGGUGUAAUCAACUGGGAUGUAGUUCAGAGUGUCAUUUGCCAACUGAACGAACUAAAUACCAUAAAUACAACAAAAAUGAAAAGGUUAUGCACUGGUUGGUUGCAAAUGUCUCUUUCCAUCACUGUUAACUGUCAAAUAUUAUUCAGAGAGAUCACUGAAAUAUCCAAAGUAUGAAUAAGUCUCAUCUUCAUGUAUAAGAACAGAAGCUCUACUUUGAGUAUAAUGUCUUUUAUUUGAAAAUCCAAAGCAGUUAUGUAUUUUGCCUUCUGUGUAGAAUAAGGUGAUUAUUUUAAGCUAAAAUCAAAUGCUUAAUAAAAUUUGUUUAAAUAACA